AUGAAUUCCUUAUUGAAUUUUGAGAUUGCAAUGUGGAAAAAAUUUAUGAAAAAUAAAUAUUUUCGAAAUAUUCAUAAUCAUUUUUUUUAUCUAUUUCAUUAUGAACAAUUAAUUGCAAAAAUUCAUAAUGAUGAUCAAAUAAACAAAUUGAAUUGGAAAAUAUCACGACCAUAUUCACGAAUCAUAUUGGUUGGUUUAAUAUCGAUUAUUGUUGGAUCAGCAUCAUUUAUGUUGAUCAUUCAACCAAAAUGGAUUGAUAAUUUUAAUUAUUUUGUUAUAUUAUCACAAAUGUUUCCGAAUGAUGAUGGACUAAGAUAUCUAUGUGGAGCAAUAAAUCUUGGUACAAUAAAUACAAUGUUCACUGUAUUCUAUGCAACAUCAAACGAUUUGAAACAACUUCAAUUUUUAUUACCUAUAAAAUAUGCUCGAUAUCGUUAUCUAAAUAAAUUUGAUUCCGAUCAUUAUGAUUUAAUGAAAAAUUAUAUAUUCUCGAUAACAAGAAUUACGAUGAUAACACCAUGUUUAUUCCUUUUUCUAGGUAUGACUAUGAUGACAUUAUUGAAAUCAUUAUGGAAGAUAUCAUUGUUUUGGCCAUUAUUUUGGAUUUUACCAUAUACCAUCAUUCAUAAUUAUUGAUCAAUAUUAUCUAAAUCAACGACAAAAAUCAUUUCAACGAAUAAUACAAAGAUUAUAUAA